AUGGCCGACCACAAGAUGGUGAUGAUGGCCCGCUUGCGUGCGGCCUUGAGCGCGAGUGACAAGCAGACGCAGCAGUUCCUACAGCCGCUGCUGUCGCUACGAGGGGUCCAGGACCUGCUGCUGACGUUCGUGCAAGACGCGUCGCGGUCGUUUGAAGACUGGGUCUGGGAUCCGCCCGUGCGGCAGACGCUCCUUCAGUUACAACAGCAGCACGAGCAACAAGGACCGCACGACGAAGCCGUUUCUAACCCCCACGAGCUGGACCGAGUGUAUGCGCGUGCGCUGCACGAGCGCCUGGCAGAAGCGACACUUGCCGACCACGAGAACGAGACGCCGCGGGCGUUUCUCGAGGCUGCGACGGCAGCGCAGGACGAAGGCAAGCAGAAGUUCCAUGCCCGUUUCUAUUACGCGGCUAGAAAUGCAUUUCUAAAAAGCCUCGAUGCCGUCGAGAAACACCAAGUGAGUGAAUAUUAUGGGCACAGUGUACCACCGAGCAAGUGGGACGACGACGAGAUCCAAGCAUGGUAUGUCCAGCUCUGUACCAACGUUGCAAUCUGCAGCAUCAAGUUAAAGGACCUCGCGCUGAUUCAGGAGUACGCUACAAAAGCGUUAAGUGUUGAUGAAACGUCGACGAAAGCGCUGUAUGCGCUGGCUAAAGGGCAGCUGAUGGAGCACCGGCACGAUGAAGCCGAAAAGGUGAUUGAGAAGGCGCUGGGGGUUUAUCCGGACAAGGCGCAGUUUCUAAAUUUGCGGAAAGAUGUUGCAGCAGCUCGACGAAAAUGGGACUUGAACCAGGCAGAAGUGGCUACACUUGGUGCUUCUCAGUUAGCAGCGGCUGCUGCGGUGGGAGACACGAUCCACUUGACUGCUUUGACGCCGGAGGAACAAGAGCUGCAGUAUGAAAAGGAGAGGCAAGUACGAGUCGAUGCGACUCGGUUGCCAAGUCGAGAGGAAGGCAUGCAGUUGGCAGCCUCGAGGCUGCAUGUGUACUUUAUGAAGAUGAAACAACAGAUGGCGGUAGAGAUUCGACCGUUGCACAAUGCCGACGCUGGUGAAGAGCCGCUUUUUGAGUGCACGAUCGCGAAUGGGGAGACGGGGGAGGUCCUUGCAAGUGACGUGCAAGGCCCGUCGAAGAAAAGUGUCAAGAACGAAGCGUCUAAGAUUGCACUACACAAGCUGUGGCACGAUAAACAAGAGGCAGGUAAGCUUUUACCGGAGGAACUGGCUGAGUUGGAGAGAUUUGAGAGCGUGAAAGCAGGUAGCCAGAUGUUAAUGAAUGAGCCUGCAGUGCCGACGGAAGCCAAGCAGCCAUGUGGUAAGGCGGGUUCAGGUAACGACCCACCUCAGGUUCCGAUCCGGAUUACCUGUCUCGAGCGGCAGCUGCAACCGCUUCAGUUGCUGAACCAGCUCACUCAGCGAGGAAAUCUUUUGGCCCGUUUCGACAUCAGGGAUGUCUCACCAAGCAAGGACGUCACGGAAUUUGAGUGCAAAGGCUACCUGAAUGACGAGUACGUUGGUGCUGCUACUGCUAUUAGCAAGAAGAAAGCUCGUGCGGAAGUCGCGCGACAGAUGCUCGCAGCUGCUUACGAGCAGAACCUGAUCUUUGUUUACGAUGGGUCUACCGACAACGAGGAUGAAGAUGGAACUUAUGAUGGGAAGGACCUGGACAGAGACGAGCAGGGAUUGGCGAGUGACGCGUAA